GAUACUUCCGGUCUGGUGCCAACAGCAGCUUCGUUUUAGUCCACGCUUGUUUUUGUUGUUUUAAAUCUUUACAAAUAAUCAAUGGAGACUGCGAUAAAUGAGUGGUUGUUCCUCCGUUUACCUGGACUUUGUGGCUGUGCAAUAAUAAUCCAGUGCCAGGACUCUUAGCACAGCCAUCAUGCCUGGCGAUGACAAACCACCACAACAAACCCGCCAGAGGAAAAAGACCAAGAAGUCCCGCCCCAAAGGGAAGAGUCCCAGUGCUGGUCGGGCAGGUACCCAGGAUGGACAGGAUGAGCUCUCCGUACCCCCCAUCGUUCAGCCGCUUUCUAAAAAGCCAUCGGAGGCGAGGCCGAAAGUAUCGGUAGCCAAAGUAGAGGAGGAGUCAUCUCGGGCGAUAUGUCUGCAGGUUCUUUUCCCUUACCUGCUGGCUGGAAUGGGAAUGGUGAUGGCCGGGAUGGUGCUCGAUAGUGUACAGCACUGGGAUGUGUUCAAGGUGAUCACAGAGGUGUUUAUCCUGGUACCUGCGCUGGUCGGACUCAAAGGAAACCUGGAGAUGACCUUAGCUGCCCGCCUCUCCACUGCUAGCAACACGGGACAGAUGGAUGACCCACACAAACAAUGGACCAUGGUGUGCAGCAACCUGGCACUGAUACAGGUACAAGCGACGGUUGUGGGCUUCCUUGCUGCUGUUGCAGCUGUGUGUUUAGGAGCCAUUUCCAGAGGGGGCAUUGAGUUGGACCAGGCAGCUGUUCUGUGUGCCAGCAGCAUCUUCACCGCAUUUGUUGCUGCUCUCUCUUUAGGCUUGUUGAUGGUUGGAGUAAUCAUCGGCUCAAGGAAAGUAGGAAUCAACCCGGACAAUGUGGCCACCCCCAUAGCCGCCAGUUUGGGUGAUCUGAUCACCCUGUCCCUGCUGGCCGGAGUCAGCACCACCCUUUAUGAACACAUAGAUACCUGGUACCUUUCCCCCCUGGUGUGUGUGGUCUUCCUGGCCCUGAUUCCGAUGUGGGUGGUGGUGGCCCGACGGAACCCUCAGAGCAAAGAGGUUCUUUAUUCAGGGUGGCAGCCGGUUUUAGUCGCCAUGUGUAUUAGCAGCCUUGGAGGCUUGAUACUGGACAAGACGGUCAGUAAUCCCAACUUCCAGGGGAUGGCUGUUUUCACACCAGUUAUAAAUGGGGUCGGUGGCAACUUGGUGGCCAUCCAGGCCAGCAGACUCUCCACCUACAUGCACCUCUGGAGCAUCCCUGGGGUGUUGCCCUACAAGAUGAGGCAGCAUUGGCCCAACCCCUGCAUGACAUUCUUUUCCUCAGGUCUGAACUCCAAGUCUGCGCGUGUGCUGCUGAUGUUGGUCAUGCCCGGUCACCUGGUCUUCCUCUACGCCAUCUCGCUGUUGCAGGGUGAUGAGGUGCCAAUCACUCUCACCUUUGCCGCCUGCUACCUGUGUGCUGCUGUGCUGCAGGUGUCCAUCUUGCUUUAUGCGGCCGACCUCAUCGUCCGCCUGAUGUGGCGGCGAUCGCUGGACCCCGACAACUUCUCCAUCCCGUACCUGACGGCCCUGGGGGACCUGCUGGGCACGGGGUUCCUGGCCCUGUGCUACCGCUGCGUGUCACUGGUCCACACGCAGGAGCUCUGAACGCAGGUCUCACACCUUCUCUUCCCUUCCACACGCACACAGGCGGACACUAAGCACUCCCCCGCCAUGCUCGGGAAUCCAAGUCAUGACUUUUAGCAGGUGGAAAGACCGCACAGGUAACACGUUUAUCACCUGUCGUCGUCGCCAUGGAGCCGUCCUUCCCCCGUCUUUUUUUUUUAUUUUUUUUUUAGGACAUAAGCACAUCAACUGUCAUCACCAAGCUCAUCAAUUCCGUGACAACAUGCUGUGCAUGGACAUUUGUAAGAACGCGCAAGGCAGAUAAUGCACGUCUGCACGAGGUGAAUCCUUUUUUUCCCUUCUAAAAAUAGUCUAAAACAGGGGUCGGCAACCCGC